UGUCAAACUCAAUUGUCAAAAUUUCCCGCUUUUAUUCAGAGACUAAUUGCAUAAAUACUAUUACUAAUAAUUAUUAAUUAGUUAAAUACGCCAAAAUGGGUAUUAUUGGUUUAUCUAAAUUAAUUGCAGACAUUGCACCCCACGCUGUUAAAGAAAUGGAAAUUAAAAAUUACUUCGGUAGAAAAGUGGCAAUUGAUGCGUCUAUGAGCUUGUAUCAAUUCUUAAUAGCAGUGCGGAGUGAAGGAGCACAAUUAACAUCCGUGGACGGUGAAACCACAUCACAUCUCAUGGGCACAUUUUAUAGGACAAUCCGUCUCGUUGAAAAUGGUAUCAAGCCAGUUUAUGUGUUUGACGGAAAACCACCUGAAAUGAAAUCUCAUCAACUUAAUAAAAGAGCAGAGAGACGGGAAGAGGCAGAGAAAGAACUGCAGAAAGCAACGGAAGCUGGUGACUCAGCAUCGAUUGAGAAGUUUAACCGUCGGCUGGUGAAGGUGACAAAACAACAUGGUGAAGAAGCGAGAGAGCUUUUGAAGUUGAUGGGUGUUCCUGUGGUUGAAGCUCCAUGUGAAGCCGAGGCUCAAUGUGCAGCUUUAGUGAAAGCUGGUAAAGUAUAUGCAGUGGCCACAGAAGAUAUGGACGCAUUGACUUUCGGAUCGAAUGUGCUCUUACGACACUUGACCUUCUCAGAAGCGAGAAAGAUGCCCGUACAAGAGUUUCACCUGAAUCAAGUUCUGGACGGGUUAGAACUUAAUCAUACAGAGUUCAUUGAUCUCUGCAUCCUCCUCGGCUGUGAUUACUGUGGCUCCAUCCGCGGUAUCGGCCCCAAACGAGCGAUUGAACUCAUCAAGCAACACCGGAGCAUAGAGCAAGUGCUGCACAACAUUGAUACUAAUAAAUAUCAACCCCCAGAAAAUUGGAACUUCGAAGACGCGAGGAGACUAUUCCUUAACCCGGAAGUUACAGAAGGAAAGGAUAUUGAGUUGAAGUGGUCAGAUCCAGAUGAGGAUGGUCUCGUUAAGUUCCUGUGUGGAGACAAACAGUUCAAUGAAGAUCGAGUCCGCAAUGGUGCCAAGAAGUUAAUAAAAGCUCGUACUGGAUCCACACAGGGCAGACUUGAUGGCUUCUUCAAGAUAUUAUCAACAACACCCAAUCCGAAGCGUAAAGCCGAAGAACAGAAGAAGAACGUAAAUAAGAAAGCGAAAACGGGUAGCGGCAGGGGCAGGAAACCGAAAUAGAAUAUCAAGCUUUAACAAUUAGAUUAUUAAGAUAGUUUUUUAAUUAUAUUUCUCACCGUCGGUCUUAUUUAUAAACGUUUAGUGGGCACUAGUUAAACAUAAAUUGAUCUUUUUGUUUUUAAUUUGAAAGAAAACAAAGGCAUCUCUACGUAGUGUGAAAUAAAGUUAUUAUACAGAUAUUUUAAACUGCGCAACUGAUUUGAAUGUGUUUUUCAUUAAAAAAACAGUGUGAUUCAAGAGGAAUGUUUAUUUGUAUAAUACAUGUAUGUUAUGGUAGAGAAAAUCCUAGAAUUUCAACUUUCCUAGCCUUCCUGGCUAGGAAAUUCAAAACAAUCACACAAGAAUUUCCCUUUUUAUGUUUCUUCAAUCUAUAAGUUGUAUAUUGCACCCAUGUGAAACCUGGUCGGGUAGCUAGUAUUGUAGUUAGAAUCAUUUUAUAGCUUAAGUUAAUAUCUAUUGAUCUCUUUCUGGCAUCAAUGAUUCAACCUCAGAAAGCAGAAGACAAAACAUUUAACCAUCUCACGCCCUCUAAACAUUCAUAAAUAAAGUCUUAAAUGUUUAAGUAUCAUGGAGCAAUUGAACUGAACUGAAUUAUUAUUAUUAUUGAAUUUAUUAACAUAUCUCCCGAGUCUGAAAUGCUGGUUUCAGUCAAAUUAAGUAAUAUAAUUCAACUGAAUGAUCAUUGGUCAGUGGCAGCUGAUAACGUCGUUCAGAUUUGUAUCUAAUUAAAUCUGUUUAACUAGUAUUUCAGAAACUGAAGAUUUAAGUGCAUUUUGACUUGUUUACAUUUGCUGGUUUUAUGACUGUUUUUAUAAAUUGUGGAUGCAAAUUUUUGAACGUCAUUGAAUACAAAAUAAACGAUUGUUAA